AGUUAGCUACUGUCACAUGAAUGUUUUUUUUGCGAAAGCUCAGCUUGACAGUUUCAUGUCAAAUUUCACGGUUCUUAGUUUGCCAGCUGAAUCUCAAGUGGCAGAUUUCCCUACUAAAUAACAACGAGAUAUCCCCGACAGCUAUUUUAAAAUCUUCAAGACGACCGUGAUCUGGUAACGUCUCACGCCAAAUGAUUGUUAAGGCAAGAUAUAAUCACAUUCUCUGCUUGCUAACCUGAAUUAGCUUGCUAGCUUGUCAGAAUUGCUUACAUGCAUGACCCAGGGGUCAGCUGUUUGUCAUCAACAACAGAAAUCACAUGUCCUUGCAUAUUGUGUCAUGGUGCAACAUCAGACUUCUGACAUCUGUCUUCUUGUCAUCAGAAUCUCCUGCAUAGCCAUUAGCCAGUCAUGCUGCGAUGGAUACUUGGUGGUCGGGAUGCACAGGGGUCUGUCGAGGUAAUAGCUGGCUAACUAGCUAACUAUUUUGUGUGUUGUUAAUGCUAUAGUUACCUGGUUGACAACCAUUCUCUACUGUAACUCUAAGCAAAUGUGGUAUUGUACUGGCCAUAAUUCUUACAAUAAUUUGUGCAGAGAUAUACAUUUAUUUUCUCCACCCUUUCCAAGCUUUUCUCACUAUAACUCACCUUCUCUUAUGUGAUUGAAUUCACUGAGUUGCUUUUCAACCUACUGUCUCUCCUCAUAUCCUUUUCUCCCUUAUGUGUGCAGAAAAACCAUGUGCUAUUCAUUGGGGAGGAACAGCCCAAAAACUGGUUCACUGAACUGCAGGUGCUGAAAGGACAUUUUGACAUUGUUCGAUUUCUGGUGCAGAUUGAUGACUUCAGGUAAGCACUCCUCCUAUUCUCUCUCUCUCUCUCUCUCUCUCUCUCUCUGCCACUGCUCUCUACCCUCUGCUGGACUCCAUCUCUCAGUGUGAUUGACAGCAGAUCCUCUCCAAAAGCAAACUUACUGAGCGUGACAAGAGCUUAAUCAUCACCACUGCUGGACUGUGUGUGUGUGUUUGAUCUUCUCCGCAACAAAUCUUUACUGGGUUGUGUGUAUUUUAUACUGUAUGUGUGCGGUUACGCUAUAGUUUACCCCUUUUAUUAACCCCCGCCUCCUACACACCUGCUACCCCACCUGCUCUUCCACCCCCCACUGACCACUGAAUACAUAGUUAACAGCCUUCACAGGUAAUGCAUUGCUUGGUGGAAGCAUGCUGCGUGCUACAAUGGUACAGUGGGUCUGCAUAAGUGGUCUCAUAAGUGCUUUCUAGCUGAUCUGAGCGCUGUGUGUGUGUGUGUGUGUGUGUGUGUGUGUGUGUGUGUGUGUGUGUGUGUGUGUGUGUGUGGAGCUGGGUGGGUCCGGCAGGGCUUCACGCCUCGUCUACCCCAGUAAUGACCCCCUCCUCUGGGCCUCGUCCUCUCCAGACAGGCCAGCAGCCGAGGGCAGGGGCCGGAACAUUCUCACCAGAUUGCUUUUCAAGCCCCAAAAUGUAUCCUUUUCCAGCCCUCGUUCGCUGGAAAGACAGUUCCUUUUCUCUUCUUUCUUCUAUCUCAUCCUUUACUUUUUCUGAUCCCCUCAUCCUGUAGGUUGGUUGUAGAUUGGUAGGGGUCAGAGGUCAGGGGAAGGAGCUAAGCCUGAGGACAGGUGUUUUUAACAUCCCAGGGGAGGUAGUGGAUAUUGUGGACAGUAGCUUACUCUGUUUCACUGAAACACAUCCUUCUGGUUCACUCACUUGGAGUUGAUACAUAUUUUUUCUCAUUCAUAACUGAAGAGUAUUAGGUAAUUAUCACCAUCAUGCUUUGUUUUUAGCUGUGCUUUUAGGUGAAUAGCAGGACUGUAAGCAGGACCAGCGUUUGGUCAUGUCAUAAGUAGACAUUUCUUCCUCUCUUUGUUGUUUCCCAGGUUUGCCUCUGCAGGAGACGAUGGUCUGGUGUUGGUGUGGAACGUUGAGGUGAGGCUUCUCUCUGGGAGGGGAGAUUGAGGGGGGAUAUAGGAACAUACACACAUCUAAAGGCUUUGAGCAAUAGCUGGGUAAACUAUUUGAAACGAUAAAGCAAGAAUAAAGGGUAGUAGUGUUUUAGUAACACCAGUAGGUGGCAGUGUUGUGAAUAUAUUUUGUAUAAUACGAAUUGUCACGCGGGUGUGUGUGUUUGAGUGUUCUCAGACAGGAGAGAGGCUGCUGGAACUAAGGGGUCACUCCCAGCAGAUAACGGCCAUGACAGCCUACACACACACCAGUGGAGAGAACACACACACCUCCCUCAUCACCGCUUCCUCGGACCGCACCCUCAGUGUAUCCUUACCACACACACACACACACACACACAUACACACACAUGCACAUACACACACAUACAUACAUACAUACAUACAUACAUAUGUAAAACCCUGUUGUUGUGUUUCCUGAGUGUUGUGGUUCAGCUGUGGGACCCAGAGACAGGCAACAGGGUUCAGACCGUCUCAGACCUCCAGUCCUCUGUCAAGGUAUCUUCAUCUGCUUUUCAUCUGUUGGCAACACUUCAUUUACCCAACUGUUUACACUGUAAAGAAUGCAAAUUGUUACCAUAUGUUACCUAGUGCUGUGUGCUUUCUCAAGUUAAGUUUUUUUGGUCACGUGCACUAGUGCAGUGAAAUGCCUUUCUUGCUUGCUCUUUCCCAACAAUGCAGUAGUACAUAUUAGUAGUACUAUAAAACAGUCAAGUAGAACUAAAACACAUGAGAAAUAGAAAUAAGAAGAACAUGAGAAGUAAGCAAGCUAUAUACAGGGUCAGUUCCAGGGUCAGUUCCAGUACCAUAUUUACAAUGUGCAUGGAUACUGGAGUGAUAGAGGUAGAUAUGUAUAGGGGUAAGGUAACUCAGCAUCAGGAUUUAUGAUAAACAGAGUAGCAGAAGUGUAUAUGAUGAUUGUACAGUGAGGGAAAAAAGUAUUUGAUCCCCUGCUGAUUUUGUACGUUUGCCCACUGACAAAGAAAUUAUCGGUCUAUAAUUUUAAUGGUAGGUUUAUUUGAACAGUGAGAGACAGAAUAACAACAAAAAUAUCCAGAAAAACGCAUGUCAAAAAUGUUAUAAAUUCAUUUGCAUUUUAAUGAGGGAAAUAAGUAUUUGACCCCCUCUCAAUCAGAAAGAUUUCUGGCUCCCAGGUGUCUUAAAGGGAGUGCUCUUAAUCUCAGCUUGUUACCUGUAUAAAAGACACCUGUCCACAGAAGCAAUCAAUCAAUCAGAUUUCAAACUCUCCACCAUGGCCAAGGCCAAAGAGCUCUCCAAGGAUGUCAGGGACAAGAUUGUAGACCUACACAAGGCUGGAAUGGGCUACAAGACCAUCGCCAAGCAGCUUGGUGAGAAGGUGGCAACAGUUGGUGCGAUUAUUCGCAAAUGGAAGAAACACAAAAGAACUGUCAAUCUCCCUCGGCCUGGGGCUCCAUGCAAGAUCUCACCUCGUGGAGUUGCAAUGAUCAUGAGAACGGUGAGGAAUCAGCCCAGAACUACAUGGGAGGAUUUUGUCAAUGAUAUCAAGGCAGCUGGGACCAUAGUCACCAAGAAAACAAUUGGUAACACACUACGCAGUGAAGGACUGAAAUCCUGCAGCGCCCGCAAGGUCCCCCUGCUCAAGAAAGCACAUAUACAGGCCCGUCUGAAGUAUGCCAAUGAACAUCUGAAUGAUUCAGAGGAGAACUGGGUGAAAGUGUUGUGGUCAGAUGAGACCAAAAUCGAGCUCUUUGGCAUCAACUCAACUCGCCAUGUUUGGAGGAGGAGGAAUGCUGCCUAUGACCACAAGAACACCAUCCCCACCAUCAAACAUGGAGGUGGAAACAUUAUGCUUUGGGGGUGUUUUUCUGAUAAGGGGACAGGACAACUUCAACGCAUCAAACGGAUGAUGGACGGGGCCAUGUACCGUCAAAUCCUGGGUGAGAACCUCCUUCCCUCAGCCAGGGCAUUGAAAAUGGGUCGUGGAUGGGUAUUCCAGCAUGACAAUGACCCAAAACACACGGCCAAGGCAACAAAGAAGUGGCUCAAGAAGAAGCACAUUAAGGUCCUGGAGUGGCCUAGCCAGUCUCCAGACCUUAAUCCCAUAGAAAAUCUGUGGAGGGAGCUGAAGGUUCGAGUUGCCAAACGUCAGCCUCGAAACCUUAAUGACUUGGAGAAGGUCUGCAAAGAGGAGUGGAACAAAAUCCCUCCUGAGAUGUGUGUAAACCUGGUGGCCAACUACAAGAAACGUCUGACCUCUGUGAUUGCCAACAAGGGUUUUGCCACCAAGUAUUUUUACAUUGAAGUACUAAGUAAUGUUUUGCAGAGGGGUCAAAUACUUAUUUCCCUCAUUAAAAUGGAAAUCAAUGUAUAACAUUUUUGAAAUGCGUUUUUCUGGAUUAUUUUGUUGUUAUUCUGUCUCUCACUGUUCAAAUAAACCUACCAUUAAAAUUAUAGACUGAUCAUGUCUUUGUCAGUGGGCAAACAUACAAAAUCAGCAGGGGAUCAAAUACUUUUUUCCCUCACUGUAUAUGAGUGUGUGUGUAGAGUGCGUGUUAUGUGUGUGUGAGCAAAUGAAGUGUUUGAGUGUGUAGAAUGUGCAUAGAGACAGUGCAAAAAAUAAUAAUUGAAAGGUCAAUGUAGAUAGUCCGUGAAAAUCAAAUAUACAGAGAAAGUAAACAGAAAGAAGAGGGCCGAUGUCACCCCCCAUAUCCAUCCCUCCAUCAACCCCCCCAUCAUCACCCCCCCCCCCCCCACGCUCGGUUGACGCUCAAGGGUAGAUUGAAAGAUCACAAGUGAGAGUGCAUUGAAAUGUACAAAUUCAUAGCUCCGAAUGGUCAAAAUAAGAGAGGAGAGGUUGCCAGAUUUGAUCAAAUUUUGAUGAUUUAUUGCAUAAUAUAUAUAAUAUAUUGAAUUCUUUCUAAAAGUGUUUGUCAAAUUGCAGAGCCAUAAUUUGGUAGAGGGAACUUCUUUCCUUUUCCAAAACAACAACAACACAUUUUUUUUGUCGAAAUAAGACUGUAAGAGAUUAGUUGUUUUUGGGGCUUGGUUAAUCUGUUUAGGGUUUCUGACACUCCCAGGAUGAUCAGAAGCGGGUCUGGGUCAAUUAAAGUCUCCAGAACUUCAGAGAGGAUCCUAAAAAUUCCACACCAAUAACCAUGCAGGUUAGAGCAUAGGGCAAAGCAGUGGAGUAGUGUACCCUCUGCAGCAUGACAUUUAUCACACAUAGGGGAGGUAUCAGGAAAGAUCCUAUGCAGCUUAGUUUUGGAAUAGUGUAAUCUGUGUAAGAUCUUGAGUUGUAUAAAAUAAUGUCUGGAGUUAAUGGAGCAGGUGUGGAUAUACUCCAAGCUAUCUUCCCAGUCUGCUACAGAAAUGUCAGUCCCUAGCUCUUCCUCCCAUUUUGCCUUAAUGGUUUGUAGAAGGUGUGCUAACAGAUUGAAAAGCGUCAUAUAGACAAAAUAUCAGUUUGCCUGAGGUGGGACAAACAUGGAAGGUUUAGCAUUUCCAAAUGUAGGAAGAUGUUUUCUAACAUAGUCUCUAAUCUGUAGGUAUCUGAAAAAGUUACUUCUGGGAAGAUUAUAGGUUUCCCUCAGCAAAUCAAAGGAGGCAAAAGUCCCUUCUAUUUAAAAAUCCCCUAUGGUAUUGAUCCUUAGCUCUCCCCAUCGCUCAAAGGUGUUAUCAAGGUUAGAGGGGGCAAAGGAGGCAUUCCUCGCAAUAGCAGCAGGAAUUAUAUUGGUCUAAGGUCAAAAUGGACCUUCAUUUUCUUCCAGAUACGGACUGUGCUAUGUAUGAUAGGAUUAUUACUAUAAAGUGACAUCUCCAAAUUGAUGGGACAAAAUCACAGCACCAAUAGAGAAGGGGUGGCAAUCCUAACGCUCCAUACUAAGCCAGCUGGAUGACUGAUGUGUGUCAUCCAGCCAAAACGUAACAGCAUGGAGGUUAGCAGCCCAAUAGUAAAAUAUAACAUUUGGGAGAGACAAUCCUCCUUCCUUCUUGGAUUUACAGAGGUGUUUUUUUUAACCUAUCCUGUGUGUUUUAUAAUCCCAGAUGAAUGGAUUGAUAAUUGAGUCCAGUUGUUUAUGAAAGGAUUUAGGUCUGAAUACCUGGAUGUACUGGAAUAGGUAAAGCAGUUGCGGGAGGAAGACCAUUUUAAUGGCAUUCAUUCUUCAGAGCAGGGAAAUUGGGAGAGUUCUCAAAAAUGUUAUGUUUGCAGUUGUCAAAAAAAAAAAACACUAGUUUGCUCAAAACAUAUUUUUGUACCCUUAAGUGUGUGUACAUUACUGUAUUUAUACGUGGGAUAUUGUUUUUCAACAGGAAAAGUUCAAAAAGUGUGCGUCUUUAAAUGUUCAUUUGGGAGAGGGUUGCUAGGGGCAACAGUGCUGUUACAUAUCUUUCCUUCACUUGUUUUCACCAUCUAGUAUACUGUUUCUAUAUAUAUAUAUAUAUAUAUAUAUAUAUAUAUAUACAGUCAGUUCAGGUGAUAUUUAGACAUACUGUACAUGUCUUUUUAUGUCUGUGAACUCUAGUAUUCAUUAAAAUGUUUGCCAUAAAAGGUGACUGGGUGUGGGGGUGGGGUUUAUGCAACAAUGGUAGAAUUGUAAUUGAGAAGAUAAUUAGUCUCCAUAAGUUAAUUAUGACUGAUACCCUUCCCCAGGGGAUUAUAUUGUUUGGGUGGAGAUGUGUGGGUGUGUGUGUGUGUGUGUGUGUGUGUGUGUGUGUGUGUGUGUGUGUGUGUGUGUGCGUGUGUACUCUUAUCCUUCUAUCUCUGUUAGUGUCUGCUGGUGUUGGAGCGCUUGUGUGUGUGGGUGUCGGGGGGAAACGAGUUGUGUGUGUGGAACAGAGACUUCCAGCUGCAGUGUCAGAGCCAGCACCAUGACGACACAGGUAAUAACACAGAGAUAAUGUUAGGAUACAUUCAUUAUUAAUGCACUAUUCACAUAUUACCCUCGUGGUACACACAGAGAAACCAGGAUCACGGUUCAGUUGCAACAAAAGGGGAGCAAACAUUUUGAAAAACGAAGGGAGUACUGUCUGAUCUUGUCCAUUUAGCACAAACAUUUCACUCCAUUUGAUAAAACGCUUGCUGUCGUUUGUACUUAUUAAUGCAUUUGUAUCUCAUAUAUGAAGGGAUUCAAUGUUAGUCUUGUGUUGUGUCUCAAGGAAUCAGUGCCAUGGUGGAGUUGCCUAAGAACUGUAUAGCAGCAGCUAUGGACAAAGAGAUAGGUGAGUAGUACUAGUAACUGUGGUUGUACUCCUGUAUUCUUUUUGAACACUUGUGUUGUCCACGUAUCUGUUUUUAACUAAAGGAAACACCCUCUCCCUCCCUCUGCCUGUAGUGAUUUUCAGGCUGACCAUGUCCACUGGGGUCCCAGUUGUCUGUGGCAGAGGUCAGACGUCUAUCUGACCACCAGGAUAGCAUCCACGCUCUCAUCAACGUCAACGGUCAGCCUGGCCUUUGUCUCUUCAUCUCACAUUUACAUUUGACUUAUUAGUCAUUCAGCAGACGCUCUUAUCCAGAGCCACUUACAGUUAGUGAAAGGUGAGACAACCACAUAUCACUGUCGUAGUAAGUACAUUUUCCUCAAUAAAGAAGUUAUAUGCAUAUGACCUAGCAGGUCUGAUAGAGAUAGAGAGAGAGCACUGACUUUACUGAUGUCAAAUACACUGAGUGUACAAAACAUUAAGGACACCUUCCUAAUAUUGAGUUGCACCCCCCUACACCCUUUUUCCCCUCAGAACAGCCUCAAUUCGUCGGGGCAUGGACUCUACAAAGUGUCAAAAGUGUUCCACAGUGAUGCUGGCCCAUGUUGACUCCAAUGCUUCCCACAGUUGUGUCAAGUUGUCUGAAUAUUCUUUGGUUGGUGGAUCUUUCUUGAUACACACGGGAAACUGUUGAGCGUGAAAAACCCCAGCAGCGCUGCAGAUCUUGACACACUCAAACCGGUGCGCCUGGCACUUACUACCAUAAUCUAUUCAAAGGCACUUAAAUAUUUUGUCUUGCCCAUUCACCCUCUGAAUGGCACACAUACACAAUCCAUGUCUCAAGGCUUAAACAUCCUUCUUUAACCUGUCUCCUCCCCUUCAUCUACACUGAUUGAAGUGGAUUUAACAAGUGACAUCAAUAAGGGAUCAUAGCUUUCACCUGGAUUCACCUGGUCAGUCUACAGUAUGUAUUGGAAAGAGCAGGUGUCCUUAAUGCUUUGUAAACUCAGUGUAUAUUUCAGGUUGACUUGGUUUAACUUAAACUGAAGCUAAACCUUGACCGGGCAGUCUAGAAUUCUGGGAUUUGAAUUUCUGAGGUUCUACUUCACAAAUUCGAACUCUAUGGUAUCUUCAUCCUUCCCCUCUUCCUCCUCUUCCUACUCCUCCUCUACCACUUCCUUUUCAGAUGGCCUGUUUGCCAGCGGGUCCCAUGUUGGCGAGCUGAUCCUGUGGGACGCUGUUGAUUGGACGAUUAUGGCCUAUGAGCACAUCCUGUGGGAGGAGUCUCAGACCGACACCCAGGCUGAGAUCCGAUUAGCCGCUCCGAAACCCAGUGAGAUGUCCAUCCAACACCUGACAUCCGAUGGAGAGGUGAGUACCCAAAGUGUUUUGACAUGGUGAGCUUAUUUUAGGUUGAAAUGCAGUGUUGUUAAUCAAGUCAAGUCAACUGGUAUUUAAAGUGCAUUAUCACAAGGUCUCAAUUCACUACAAAUGAAUGAUCUAUUCUAUUUCUCCCUAGUUGAUGGUGGCUGCAGUGGGCAGUGGUCUGUAUGUGUACAGCGUCAUCACUAAGAGUGUCGUGGCCUACAGGAAGACAGCCCACGACUCCAACGUACUACACACCAUGCUGCUGCCUGAUGGGUAAUCAAAUCACACCUGCUCUUAUUAAGAGACCCACUGUUUGCUGUUCCCAAGCUCUUUAUCUCAGCCACAACAAUGUUAUCAAACAUAAUGGUCUUUAUCAGGUUUCACACGUUACCUGUGUUGUUCUCUCCUGUAAGGCACAUGUGUGUCACACUGCAGUGUUUUUAUAGGUUUCUUAUAGUGUGUGUGUGUGUGUUGCAGGGGGCUGAUGUCAUGCUCAGAGGACGGCAGUGUGAGGAUGUGGGAGAUGCAGGACCUCCUGUUACCUGCAGAACCAGCCUCUGCAGGUGAGUCGUACACACACACACACACACACACACACACACAGAGGAGUCAGUGUAGUGGUGGGAUCAAAGGAAGGCUUGGCUAGACAGACUAUGGCAGUGAUGUCACUAGCCUAGGCUAGCAUCUAUACUAAUCCUACACAGCUGCCUUUGGCUUUGAAGUGGAUUGGAGCGCUCCUCUGAGCCUGGGCUGUGGUCCUUUCUCUCUUUUCCUCUCCCUCCCUCUCUCUGUCGCUCUCUCUUUUUUCUCAGUCUCUUUCUCGCUCUCUCUUUCUCAUUCUGUUCAUCCAUCACUUCACCACAGCUCAGAGCUCAGAGUCUGUCAGUGUGACGCCUCCUUGAAGCACUGUCAGCACGCACGCGCACGCGCACACAGACAAAUCACAUUUCCUCAGUUGGCUUUUCUUUUUGCACUUCCACUAUAAUUUAUAAGGAAGGGAAAAUAUAAUUUUGGUCUUUUGGGAUUUUUAUUGACUUUUUAUUAUCCAUAUUAAGAUAAAUGUUUUCAUGUGAAAAAAUGUGACAAGCCCCUAGGGGCAGGCGGUCUACAGUCACGUCUUAUUGGAUGGUUGUGGAAUGUUUCUCAUCCCUGCUCAGAGCUGUGCCCCCUGCUUGACGUCUCGUGGUGAUGACGUCGUGGCUGAUAGAGUCCAUGUGCCAAACCUGUCUGGCUGCCGAGUCCAUCUGAAAAGUCACAGCAUCAGCUUUCUAUUAAAAUAUCUCUCUCUUCUCUCUCUCCAUCCUCCAGGGUUCUUUGGGAUGUGGACUUUCGGCAGGUCCAAUAAGCAGGCGGGGCCUCCAGUGAAAAAGGUUAUUGAACUCCCCAGUCUCAGAACACUGGAACUGACGGGCGACCUGAUUGGACACUCAGGGGCCGUGCAGGUAUGCUGUCACAGGUUUUAUAAACAACUGACAACAUUUAGACAUAAAUAUCCUAUCCUAUUUAUACAUGUUACCAUUUCUGUGUGUGUGUGUGUGUGUGUGUGUUUGUGCGUUCUUGCUUGUGUGUCCUCUCCAGAUGUUUAUGAGUUUUGGGGAGAAGGGUCUAGUGACGUGUUCUACAGACCACCUGCUGAUCGCAUGGAAGAACAGAGAGAGAGAGUCUCACCUCCGCAGUCUCGCCCUCUUCAGGAAACUGGAGGAGAACGGGGGGCUCUGACCCCCCACCUGUCAGUCACUAACACACUUAUUUAUGAUUUUACAGAACACGUUCUACUGGAAGUUACAAGGUUUUAAAGAGGGGUGGAAUUAUUUUAUUUUAUAGGUGUUCUUAUGUUGUUGGUUUCUAGUGGAGUCAUUAUUUCACUGUCUCUCAGAGGUUAAUGG